AUGGCUACAACAAAGAAGAUGAUCUUCUGCUUCAUGCUCGUGAUCUUCAUGGUUCUCUUGAGUUGGUGCUCCGCGACGGUCUACAAAGUCGGAGACUCCGACGGAUGGACUGCGAAGGAUGACGUCUACUACGAUUGGGCCUACCCUAAAGAAUUCCACGUGGGAGAUUCUCUCGUCUUCGAAUACGAUCCCAACUUCAACGACGUGACUCAAGUCUCAGGCGCUUUCUCAAACCAUGCUCAAUGCGUAUCCGGACAAAAGCUCGACGUUCUUGUCGUCCAUGAUCCAUCACGUCCGGUUCCUCCACCACCGAUCAAUAAUGACCUUCCUCUUGGAAAGUUCUACAAGGUCGGUGACUCUAAAGGAUGGAAUGUUUACGACGGUGAUUUUCUACAACAGGUGGAGCGAGGUGAAACAGUUUCAUGUUGGAGACUCUCUCUGUUUUUCGAAUACAACAACGAUGUUUUAGAAAUCAGCGGUGAUCUUGAGUUCAUAUCUUGCGACCCGACUUCUCCUGUGUCCGUGCAUAAGACAGGACACGAUCUCGUCAGGCUUACCAAACCAGGAGUCCAUUAUUUCAUUAGCUCAGAGACCGGUCACUGCUAUGCUGGGCUUAAGCUUCGGGUCGUGGUCGGACCAUUAAUCAAAGACGGUACAGUCCCCGACUUUACAAAGAAGAUGGAGUUGUCACCUAUGGACCGCCUCAACAAGUGGUUACGCAGCUUCGGAGCUGAACCCCGUCAUUAA